AUGCCGAAAAAGUCAAAAGCAGACUCAAGUGAUACAGAGGCUUCAGAUAAUUCUUCUAUUGUUUGGUCACAAGUCAUGGAUGAUGUGUUAAUUGACGCAUACCACCAUGAGCACAUUGACGGAAAUAGGGUUGGUGGAACAUUCACUUCAACUGCAUUGAAUAAUAUACUAAUGAAACUUCAAGAUAAAUUUCCUAGCAAACUUUUCACAAAGGAGAAACUUCACAAUCGUGUCAAGGUUAUUAAAAGGCAGUUUACCAGGUGUUAUGAUAUAUUUCAAAAUGGUGGAUUGAGUGGGUUUGCAUGGGAUCCUACCACAAACAAGUGGUGUGCCGAAUCAGAAGUAUGGGAUCAAUUAAUUCAGGCUAAGCCGGCAGCUAAGGAAUGGAAGGACAAGCCAAUCAGAAAUUUUGAUAAGUUACUUGUAAUAUAUGGAAAAGAUAGAGCUAUUGGAAAGCAUGCUGAGACUGGACCAGAAAUGUUGAGAAGAUGUGCUCGUGAUAAUUUGAAAAGACCAAGUACUACCUCUGUGAAUAUUGACGAUAUAGAUGAACUGGUUUCUGAGAAUGUUCCCUCCCUGGAAAAUACAGAGGAAUAUGGUCAAGCUGAGCAUGAGCAACCAACCGAUGCUGCCGUUAAAUUGAAUGUCUCUUCACGAACACCGUUAACUAAUAAGACUAAACGGGCAAAACAAGAUCAUGUUGGAGAAAUGGCUACUUUGUUGAGAGGCGGGCUGGAUCAUUUGGCAAGUGCCAUCAACCGUCUUUCAACACUACCACCGAUUCCAGAGUUUGAGAUAUGGGCAAUGGUAAAUGAGAUGGGAUUGGAACCGACUUUGAUCACAAGAGCUUAUUCAUAUAUUUGUCAACAUGCAGACUUUUGUCGAAUGCUGAUUGGAGCCCCAUGGGAAGCACGCAAAUCACUAGUGUUGUCCGCGAUGUGUGAUGAAAAUUGAGUUAGACUAGUAUUCUUGAUCUUAUUAUUAUUACCUAGUAGUGGGUUUUGUUAGUAAUUUAUAUUUUGAUGUGAUAAAUUUUAUGUUAUGGAUUAAAAUUGUUGAAUUGGUGUUUUCAACUAUUAUAUCGUCACCAAUGUAACAGGUAUUUCUUGUGGUUGCUUUCAGUUGAUUGAGGCUUAUGGUUUGCUGGUGGAUUCAAACCAAUUGUCUAAGUUGUCGUGUAUCUUUGUCCAACUAAUCUCUUUUGGACAUUUUUGAUAUCUUUAGUAAUUUAUUUGUUGAUACAUUCCAUCUGUACAGUGCUUUUAACUUCGUAUAUUGAGUAAAUGUACUGAGAUUGAGGACUUAUCUUCUCUAUACGUGGAAUACAUAAACUUUUUGUUUCAUAUUAUUGGAGAAGUUUUUUUGCUAAUAAUUGUUCAUAUGUUUCUGGAAGAAUUAAAGGUUAUAGAGUCAAAGAAAAAGAAGAAGAGAACAAAGCAGUUAUUUAUUGUCUUUUAAAUUGGGAUUAUCCUAGUACUUGUUGAUAUUUUUAAUAGUUAUAUUAAUUAAAAGUAUUUUAGUAAACCUACAUGUUAUUAUACAAAGACCAUACAAAUUAAACCAAACAAUAAGAUGGUUAUUAACCCACAAGAAACGAUACAGUGUAUCCAAACAUUGUGUUCA